AUGGUGCCUAUUAAGGAGCCUUCCUCUGAGUACCCAGAAGAUAGUGCAAUGGAUGAGCCUAAUGACCUUCUUCCAAGAAAGGACACAAAACGCAUAUGUGAAGAACUACAGGUACUUACCACACAUAUGGGUGAGACUAUCCAGGGUCCUCCCUUGGGGGCCUAUAACAAAAGAACAUCCAAGGUAUACCCACCCCUGAU